CAUUCAUUCAUUUAUGCACUUUCUCUCUUCGGCUGCCAUUAAUAUAAAUACUGAGAAGUAGCGAACCGUUUUCCAUUCAUUUUUCUCAAACUCAACCCUCACAACAAAACACAACACCCUUUGAAGAAUCUGAUGCACUCCUUAUAGCACCAUACUUUAACACAAAAUUUCUAGUUUAUAGAUACACAGUGGAGGCUCAACCAAACAACAUUUCUUGGAUUCUUCAACCAUGGCAGAUGAUCAAUUUCAGGCAAGUGGAAACUGGUGGGACACAGCAAGAAACGUGAGGUAUGAAAGCGGAGCGUCACAGUCAUCUUCCUCUGCCAUCACCAACAUAAACAACUUUGCUUGGCAAGCUUCAGAUAUGGCGGACAUGAAGCCAAGGUCUUCCAUGGAUUCUUCUUCUGUGGUUUUUCAUGACUCACAGAAUAAGCUUCAACCCCCAGAUUCUACAACUUCCACUGACCCCAACUUGCAUAUGAUGGGUCUGGGCCUGUCAUCCCAAGCCAUGGAUUGGAAUCAAGCAUCUUUGUUACGAGGGGAGAAGGGUACAGAGAAUAGUUUCAGAUCGAUGUUGCAAGAGAACUUGAGCUCAUCAAGAACAAAUUUUCAGCAAGAGACUGGGGUGGAGUUGUCUCAGCAAGUUCAGUGGAGGUCAGAGAAGAUGUUCUCUGCAGAAUCUUCAAGCAAUGAGUUCAAGCAAGUGAAUAGGGGUUUCUCGUUGGAUCAAAGCAAGUUUAGUCCACAAUAUAGUUCUGGGGACAGCACAGUGACAAGCCAAGGGUUACCCUCUUCUAACUUUCAGAUGGAUUCCUCAGCCUUAUAUGGGACCCCUUCAAUAUUGCAAGGACUAUUGGGACCUGAUCACAAUAACCAACAACAACCUUCUUCCUUUGAGAACCGCUCCAUGAGUUUCCCAUACCCAACAACAUAUGGAUUAAACUCUAAUAAUGAGUUAAUCCCUUCCUGGUCCAAAGUUCCUCAAUUUUUGAGAGGUUCACCUCCAAAACAACCACCCAAUAACCAGCUCCAUUUCACUAACAACGCACCCUUUUGGAACGCUUCUGAGGCUGCAAACUUCAAAGAUGUUCGCUCCAGCUUCUUCCCUUCAUUGCAACCCCCCUUCUCUACGCCAAAUUUUGAAGUACAGUCAAAGAAUAUAUCUGAAGUUAGGGAGUCUGGUAAUGUGGGAAAGAAAAGUGGGAAUGAGCCAGCACCCAAAAGGACCCGUAACGAAACACCAUCUCCUAUGCCAGCUUUUAAGGUGAGAAAAGAGAAGAUGGGGGACAGAAUCACUGCACUCCAACAAUUGGUGUCGCCUUUCGGAAAGACUGAUACAGCCUCAGUGCUCUCUGAAGCCAUUGAAUACAUCAAAUUCCUCCACGAACAGGUCACUGCCUUAAGUACACCGUAUAUGAAAAGUGGAGCUCCAAUACAGAUUCAACAGGUACCAUACAAUUCUGGUAAAUGUAAGGAAACUGAGGGACCAAAGCAGGAUCUAAGAAGCCGAGGGCUAUGCUUGGUGCCUGUUUCGAGCACAUUCCCAGUAACUCAUGAAACCACAGUGGAUUUUUGGACACCAACAUUCGGAGGAGCUUCGAGAUAGCAAUAAUAAUAAGGAUGGAUGGAGAAUUGGGACACGGAAGCAAUAUCCUGCAAGUAGGUAGCUAGGACAUGCAUGUACCUUGUCACACACCUGGCCAAGUUGGGAAUGAUAUGAUGAAAGAAAAGAGAAACAAGAAAGAGGACACGGAAGGCCACAUAAAUAUGUAAAGGUAGUUAGUUCUGGUGGAGAGUGGAAAAGAUGUAUAAAAAAGAGACGAGGGAAAAUGUGUUUGAAAGAGAAAGAAAGGGAAAUGACCCUUCAAAAGAUAGCCAUUGUUGGACCAACUACAUUCAGAAUUAUGCAGUGUUUGGGAAAAUAUUGGGACCAUUGGGAGCAGAAUAAGUUGUUGUAAUAAUUGCAGAAUUGUGCUUAGAAUAGUGGGAUUAAUUAAGCAUGACAAAAAAAAUGCUGAAUAUACAGAACAAAGUUCUUACUUCCAAGACUAAACAAGAGGGAGAGAAAAAUUGUUGUUGUUAUAGCAGAGAGAUGAUGAUAAAGGAGCUUUAUUAUUUGUUGUUGCUAUAUUGUGAAUAGAGCUGGCACUACCUACCUUUAACUCAAGAGAAAAAGGAAUUUAAUUGAGAGAAUCAUUGGAGUAUAGAACACAAGAGUGAGUGAAGGGAUGCGUCAUUUGAUUGGAAACCUCACUUUUUAUUUGUUUAUGUCUUUGGAAUAAGUAAGUGGAAGUCAGAAGCUGGCCCACACCCCCCCCUUUUAGGGUUUUUUAAUUUUUUUCAAAUCAAAUGUUUUUAUUUUUCACAAAGAUUAAUUAGAUAUUUAUGUGUUGAAGAUGCUUUUUCACAUGCUUUUGUGCUUUAUACCGAAUGGCCACAUACAUGGCCUUCCAUUGGAAGUAUGUGUACAAAGAAGACCAAAUUCAUAAAUAUUUAUAUCCUCUUCGGACUUCUGGAUUAGGACUCAUAGCUCCUCUCAUUUGUGCCUGUCAUUAUCUACUUCUUCUUUCUACCAAAAAUCAACACCACCCCCCAAAAUUUCAAAAUCAAUAUUUAUGUGUACCUUAGGUUUAAAGAGAAAGGACAUUUUCUACUUAGAAUCACCCCUAAAGCUUCGCUCGUUAGGGCCUGUUCGUUCUAUUUUAUAAUCAAUUCUUUUCAUUACCUACACUUCCUAAUAUAAAACCUAUAUCUAAAAUGAAUUUAAACACACAUAUUCCACACUCUAAUUAAUCUUAAUUAUUCAAAUCAAUCAUCUCUAACUUUCAACCAAAACAGGAGCUUAGUUUAGCUGAUCUGUCAUAAUAUUGUUUGUCCACUGCACUUUUUUACUCAUAAAUUUAAUCUACAGAUAACCAAGUGUUAUUCUUCCUUUUCUUGUAUUAUAUUUAGGAAAACAAUGACAAAAUAGCAGAAAAAGAGAAUAUGAUACCAUUGUCUUGAGAUUUAAAAUCUGCAUGAUUGGUAUAUCUUUAAACCCAGCAACUUUUUUUAGGGUUCUGCAGCUAUUGGCCACAGAUAUUUCAAAUGGUACCCUUCUGAUUAGAACUACUUAACUAAAUAAUCUUACUUUCUACCUUCUCAUAGAACAUGCAAAGAAGGAGCAUCAUAGCAUUUUAAUCUUUGUCAUAGUAAACUAAUUAAGUUGAUUAAUAUUAGCCUAUGCAACUCCACACAACAUUUUUUAUAAGCCUUAAUUACUUUCAACAAAAUCUGUCUCCAUUAUGCGAUUCAUUUGCUUCUUCUUUGGCUGUAUAGUAUUCCAAUGAAGGAAUAACAGAAAUAAUUUUUUAGCAGUAUAUUAUUUUGCACCUUUUUUUGCUUUAACGGAAAAGAAAAUUCGUUUAAUUGUUUAUAAUAGUAUAUGUCGCAUAAUUCUGUAACAUGAUUGAUAAUCAACGAAAGUCAUUGAUACCAAAGUUUGUGUAUAGAUAGAUACAAAGGGAAGGAAUAUAAUCAUCAAAUUAUUUUAGCGUAUGUAUGUAUAUAUCAACAAC